AUGGGAUGUAGCGGGCGGCUGCCGGGAGCCGCCGGGGGCCGCGGCGCCUCGCUGCUGCUCACCAUGAUCCUGUUCUUCACCUACUUCUUGUCCUGCCUGCCCGGGCCCUGCGAGCCGCUGCCGCCCGCGCUGCUGCCGCCGCCGCCGCCCGCCGCGCUGCCCGCGGGCCCGGGGGAGGCGGCGGCGGGCGCGGGGGGCGCGGGGGGCGGCAGCCGCCGCUUCCCCCAGGCCAUCAUCGUGGGCGUGAAGAAGGGCGGGACGCGGGCGCUGCUCGAGUUCCUGCGGGCGCACCCCGGGGUGCGGGCGGUGGGCGCCGAGCCCCACUUCUUCGACAGGUGCUACGAGAAGGGGCUGCGCUGGUACAGGAGCCUGAUGCCACGGACCCUGGAUGGCCAGAUCACCAUGGAGAAGACUCCCAGCUACUUUGUGACCAAGGAGGCGCCGCGGCGCAUCCACAACAUGUCCCGGGACACGAAGCUGAUCGUGGUGGUGCGCGACCCCGUCACCCGCGCCAUCUCGGACUACACGCAGACCCUGUCCAAAAACCCCUCCAUCCCCAGCUUCCAGGCCCUGGCCUUCAAAAACCUCAGUACGGGACUGAUAGACACCAGCUGGAGCGCGGUGCGGAUCGGCAUCUACGCCAAGCACCUGGAGAACUGGCUGCAGUUCUUCCCCCUCUCCAGGUUCCUGUUCGUCAGCGGGGAGAGGCUGGUCAGCGACCCCGCCGGGGAGAUGGGCCGUGUCCAGGACUUCCUGGGGCUCCAGAGGCUGGUGACAGACAGACAUUUCUACUUUAACGAGACCAAGGGCUUUCCCUGCCUGAAGAAGCCCGAGGGGGGGAGCAGACCCCGGUGCCUGGGCAAGUCCAAGGGGCGGCCGCACCCCACCAUCGACGGGCAGGUGGUGCAGCGCCUGCGCGAGUUCUACAGACCCUUCAACAUGAAGUUCUACCAGAUGACAGGGCAGGAUUUUGGGUGGGACUGAGCCCAUGCCCAGGGCACG